AUGGGUAUUCAGCAGCUUUUUCAGCAAACUGCAUCGUUCCGUCUCCGUUUCAGGCGGUUCCCGGCUGAAGUUGAAGAGAGACGGGCGCCUGCGGUGACGUUUACUGUUUAUUCGGGAGAUAUGUUUUCUGUAACGCUAGUAGAAACAUGGCAGCCGGCGCUACGCGACGCCGACGUCGGGGCGGUGGGUCUGGAAUCUGGAUCGAAUGAUCCAAUAAUAAGGAAAGUAAGGGGAGGAGAAGGAAGAGGGGAGGAGAAAGAGAUGGGAAUGAAAAGAAAGGACUUCAUGUAA